CUCUCUGCUCCCUCCCUCCGUCGCCCCUGUUUUGUUGUUUGGCUAAAGAUGGCGUUAGCGGCUAUUACAGGCGAUUGCAUUUUGUUUCACCCAAAUUAUUCGAUCAGUAGUAACAACACGUUGAUCAACACGAGCUUUGAUUCGUCCUUGAAUGUGUGAAAGCAGGGUUUAUUGAGAAUAAGGCUCGUCCAGUGUGUGGUAUUACGCUUGGUUGGCCUUCUCAAGCUGUAGGCCUGUUUUUCAGGGAGUGGACCGAAGCUGCUGGAACUCCAUCUCCCAUCAGCGCGUGCGGCGUCAGGUGGUACGACUUCUCUUCUAAAUGGUAUCUGUAGUUUUUUCACCACAACAGGAAGUUAAAUUUUUGUUGGAAACUUAAAAAAAAUGUGAAAGAAACUGAAAAUUCACAAGCUAGGUAGUGUUUUAAAGAACCAGGAAGUGUGAGUGUUUGACUGUAAACACACAGUGAUGCUUCACAGUGUGUGUGACACCUGUCUACACUGAGAGGAACACACUUAGACUACUGAACUAGUACCUGCAAGAUGUCUGUGUCACCUGUUCAGAGUGACUUGAAGCAAUCUCGAGGAUCCCCAUCAUCUCCAGAGUCCUCUCUGACCUGGUGCUUGGCUCACCUCCCCAAACCCAAAUCAGGGUCUGAUCUUCAAGGGCAUGGGAAGUCUGACUCUGGUGGUGGCAAAGACAUUGAGAAGAGGUCCAGAGUCACUCAGUGGAGAGCCCUGGUUGCUAUUAGGACACAGCACAUCAAAGGUGAUAAGACUGGCAUUGCCAGAUUUAGGACUCAAGGUGGUCUCCCUCCCCUGUUGGACCUUCUCAAAGACCCGGAGUGCUCCAAGAAAACGCUGGACCUGGCUCUCAGCAUCCUGGCAAACUGUUGCACAGAGCUGCAGACACGGAUCGAGAUCCGUAAGCAUGACGGGAUAAGCAUCAUAGUGGACAUUCUGAAGAGAAAUGUGGCGCUGGUGACCGUCCAGAACAGAGCGGCCCGGGCUUUAGGAAACUUGGCCAUGGAUCCUGAGAGUGCUGCACUCAUCCACUCAGCCGGUAGUGUUCCCCUCCUCCUCCUCUGUGUAUCUCUGUCCUCUGGCCCUUCAUCCCCCACGGCUGCUCCACCCAAAGAACCCUGUCCCAAACUGGAGUGUGCUCAGUCAGCUGCCCGAGCCCUCCUCUACCUCUCAGAUACGCCCUCUAACCGCCUGUCACUGCUUACCCAAGGGACCUUCUCUUCCCUCGCCCCUCUUAUUGCACCAGAAUACCCCCAGGGUUUGAGGCGAGUGGCGCUCAGGACCCUCCACGAGCUGACCAGAGGCUGUGGCGUCGAAUGUGCCAGGGCGGUGUCCCGCUCAGGAGUCCUUUCCCAGCUUGGCUUCAUGGUCUCCGAAGAGCCUGAUAAACCUUUUGAGGAGCUGGCACUGAAAACCCUGGCUAACAUGUGUACCCAAGGCUGCCUGAGGCCCCUCGUGGGGUCACUGGGGGUCAUUCAGAAGUUCACAGAGGAGGUCAAAAAGGACCCACUUAAGUCUGGAGUCUUCUUCAAGGUGCUGUGCUUGUGCUGCAAGGAGGCGGUUAACCGUGCCAAGGUGAAGGAGAGUGGUGGAUUAGAGGUGCUGGUCAGCUUCCUGUCUGCCCAUCAGAGUCAUCCCCUCUCCCGACUCGCCAUCCUGGCCUGUGUGGACUUUGUGUUUGAUGAAUCUGCUAUGGAGCAGCUGCAAGAGUUAGGGCUGGUCCCUCUUCUUGUUGCACGGCUAGUUGAGCUUAGCAGAGGUGAGGAACAAUCUGCUGAGAAGAUGGAUGUUAACCUCUCCUCCAGCAUGUCUCCAACGGAGCUCCUCCCCUCGUCCUGUCUGGAGUCUUUUGACUUCCCUCCUCCUGAGGGCUACAAGAAGGAAGAAGCUGCUAAAGAGCAAGGUCUGUGUUCAUCAAGCUUUUUGAGUCUCAGGUCCUGGUUGAUGUCUGAGGGACUGAUCUCCUCAGAGGGAGACCUUCUGGACUCCCCUGGUGGUGAAGGGGAAUGGGGGAAUCUUCAGAUCUCUGCGUCUUCAUCCCCUCAAACUUCCUCCCCAAACGCUGAUCUCCUUUCCUCUCUUAAGAAUGUACCUUCCUCCAGUCCUGCUGCCUCCUCCGUUCCUAAAAAAGUGUCAUCUUCAGCCAAACCAGCUCCUUUAAGUCCUCAACCUUGCAGUGCCCCAACACCACCACCACAGCCCAGUUCCUCCACCAUCUCCUCUCCCACUAAAAUAACUCCAACACCAGUUUCUCCGUCAAAGUUCUCCUCCCCUCACAGGAGGAGGCAGCGUGCUCAGUCUGCAACAAGUCUGACUAAGUUCAACCUGGAUACCCCUCCUCCUGCGUCCCUCACUCAGGCUUACCAGCACCCUUACCACCCUGAACCCUGGACCCCAGAGUCGCCCAUCCUCCUGCUGCUGUCCCGCUUCUCCCACGCCACCGACCCAAGCGCUGCUUUGGUCAGCUCGGGCGCCAUGUCCGGCUUGCUCUGCUACCUCACCCGGCACCAGGACCCCAGCAGCAGGUGCCUCCGAAUGCUCUGCCGCCUUAGCUGCAACCCAAACUGUUUGCAGGCGCUGGUCCGGACCGGCUCGGUUGCACUGAUUCAUCACCAGCUCUGCCAAAGAGAGAGAGGAUCAGAGGGAGAGGAGAGGCAGACGAGCAGAGUGAAAGCCAAAGUCAGACAACUUGGUGUUGCUCUUCUCAAUAAUCUGCGUGUCCAGUGUGAGUCUGGAUUUGGGUCUGGGGUUCUGGCCCAUGUGAUGCUGUCAGGCUCUGAGUCAGACAAGAUGAACUGUGCGCUGUCUCUGCCGUUGAUUAACAGCAACAAGUCCCUGUUGAAGAAACUUCUUCUGGACAGCGGCGGUCUGCUCUUGGCUCUACAGCCGCUCUGUUAUGAUGAACAUGAUGAGGAUGAAGAGCACCCGGCUGAAUGUGGCAAGCUGCCUUCUGAUUGGUUGAGUUCACCACAUUUAGGCCUGACUUCUCAGCUCCACUCGCUCUACUUCUCCCUCCUGAUCGGAUGUCUGUCCACCCUGAUGAGUGGCACCAAAAUUGAACUUGACAAAAAACACAUAAGUCCAGUUACACCUGUCAGUAACAGUGACAGAGAUUCACCCCCUCCCUCCAAAAAACCUCGCCUGGCUCACACCUGUCCUUACGGAGGCUCGAACUUUGACCUCCUCUUGCUGCUAGAUGACGGGACUCAGGUCCCUGCAAGCAGAGAGGCUGUAGCCGGGGCCGAGGGAACAGACAGGGUCGGGUCUGAGUACUUCAGGGCUCUGUUGAGAGGUGGAUUUGGAGAAGCUCAGGGUAAUGCAAAGGGUCCCAUUUGCAUUAAAGAUGUCAGUGCAGGAAUGCUGCUACCUGUGCUGCAUUACCUGCAUGGAUGUCGCCUUAGCAAGGACACAGAAACAAGGGAAGGAGAGAAAGGAGAAAGGUGUCAGGUUUUGGACACAAUAGUCCGAGAAGGUUUGGGGAUCUCCCAAAAAGAGACACAUGACCGAUCAGCUGAAGACUUUGCUUUUGAGAAAAGAUCUUUCGGUGAGAUGAUGAUGGGUGCGUGCAGAUUUUUGGUGACUGAGCUGCAGAGAGAGCUGGAGGAUCUGUGUGUGUCUCUCCUCCUGUCCUGUUCCACCACAGCUUCUAGUAGAGCUGCAGCAGUUCUCAAAGAGGAAAACACUGAAAAACCUGCUUCCAAAACAGACCAAGACUGCCUCGAGUCUGCUGAGGAGGAGAACCUGGCAAAUCGAACAUCUGAGUUGGAGUUGACUGGUUGUGAAGUGCAAUCUGAAAAUCAAACAGGACAGGGGGAGAAACUAAACAGCUCAACACAUCAGACAGAGAAUCAAACGUCUUCAUCUGUAGGCCAUAAGACAAUCAAAACUGUGUCUACAUCGAGUGUCUGUUCAUCGGCUGCAAACAAAUCACCCGUUCAAGAGAAGCCCGGGUUAGAACCAAAGAACUUGAUGAAAAGUUCAGUGCAGCUGUCCAAACCAGCAGCUCAGGACUCCACUUCCUCUUCAGCAGCCAGUACAAGAGGUGAGGCCCUGGCUGCCCUCCUCCCCCAGCUGUACUGGUUUUCCCAGCGGUACAGCUACCCAGCACUGGGUCGGGCCUGCCUGUCUCUACUGCUCGGCUGUCAGGACUGUCCUCGGCCUUUCUUGUCCUCCACCCUCACUGGAGAUUGCCUUCGCCGGCUUGCCAGAGAGUCUGACUGUACACAGAGUCUGAAAAAGGACCUGUUAUAUCUGGCCACAGCUGCUCUGAGCUGAGCGAGGAGGGAUGAAGGCACGAGUUCGGAGAGCACAGAUUUAGUGUCCUCUGGAAAAGUUGCAACAUCAGCACGAUUACCUCAAAAACAGGCUGCAUGAAUUUCAUCAGCAAACUACUUUAGACUCUUUUUUUUCAAAGACUGGAAGCAUACAUUUCUCUUAAGUUUUCAUGUACCCUGAUAUGAACUGUAGCCUGUCCCAGUAUGACUUAAUGUAUCACUUACUUUUGUCCAAUCAGCUUUUGAUUACAUGUGUCAUGUAAUUUUUUUUCUUUAUUAGGGAACCCGAGCAAAUGUCUGCGACGCAUUUGACAAAUGUCAUUGAACUGGGAGUACUGGAGGGCUGGUUGUUUAUUUUGUACAUAGAGAUGAUAUGAAUAAGCAGAUAUACUGUGUAUAGACAGAUUCAAACUGUCACAUAUUCAUUUAUGCCACUAAAUAUAUUGCUGAAAACUU